AGAUUAUUAAUUUAGAGUAAAAUAUAGAGUAAACCAUUAGAAAUAAAUUAUAUCUCCAUUUUAGAGUAAAAUACUAAAAUAGAAGAAACCAUUUGAGAUAGUCUUACAAAUCAAAACCAAUCAAACAUUUUAACUGUAAAAGUUUAAGAUAAUUAAUUAUUUUGCUAAAAGAUAGUACAACUAAACAAGAAAAAUGAGAAAUUAUCUUGACCUACCACAUUGUCUUUUGAUUAAGGUUUAAGAUAUCUGCAAUGAAAAUUUCUCAAGUUAAAUUUCUAAGAAUGUAAACACAAAUUACAAUAAAUAUAUUUUAAAAAUAUUGAGAAAUUUUCUAAAAUUUUUUAAUGAAAAAUUUAACAUAAAUUCCUAUUUUUGAAAUAUUUCUUUAUUAAAUGUUAAUGUUAUUUUAUAUCUACGAGAAACUCAUUUUCCUUGAUAAUAAUGACCUAGGCAUAUGUGACCCAAAAAAAACUGUGACAAAAAAAAAUGACCUAGGCUCUGAUCUUAUUUGAUUGUACGACACGUCAUCGACUCGAAGACCAAACAUAAGCACUCCUUGUUGCGCUCUCCGUUAAUUGUCUACUUGUAUAAAGCUAUAAUAUAUUUUUUGUUGGGAAAAACAUAAAGCUACUUAUAUAAUAAAACUCCUUUUUAUUAAUUAGCUCCAUUAUAAAGCUAAUCUAACUACAUAAAUCUCUGUCAAACCGACUAUUUUCAUAUUCAUACAUUCAAAUAUAAUGUAAAGACCUUUACUCUCCUUCUGUAUUCUUUCUUUUAUGCCAUAUUAGUGGGCGGAUUAUAUAAUUUUGUUUCAAAUUUUCAGUGUCAGUAGUUGUUGUUAUAAUUUAUAACGAUUUAUCAUCCGUUUUAUAAGAUUUGAUGGCUGGGAACUAUCAUUCGUUCGAAAACCCAAUCCAUAGAUUCAAAAAUUACAACUUUGGGAGCAGCUCAUCUCAUCAUCAAAAUCAUGAUGGUUUAUUGGUGGAGGAUCAACAACAAGAGGAAAACAUGAUGAUAAAAGAACAAGACAGACUACUUCCGAUAGCAAACGUAGGAAGGAUCAUGAAGAACAUUCUCCCACCAAACGCAAAGAUCUCUAAAGAAGCAAAAGAGACUAUGCAAGAAUGUGUGUCCGAGUUCAUAAGCUUCGUCACCGGAGAAGCCUCCGAUAAAUGCCACAAGGAGAAGAGAAAGACCGUCAAUGGAGACGAUAUCUGUUGGGCUAUGGCAAAUCUAGGGUUUGAUGAUUACGCCGAGCAACUCAGGAAGUACUUAAAUCGUUACCGAGUUAUUGAAGGUGAGAGAGCCAAUCAUGGCAGAGGAGCUAAGUUAUCCUCACCGGAUAAUUAAUUGGUCCGUGGCUGAUUGUUUGAUUUCCUUUUUAUAUGAUCUUGUUUGGUUCUUGACCAGCAUCUUCUACCAUUAUAUAUAUGGCGAUGUAUUAUAUAUCAUAUAUAUAGUACUACAGAUAUAUAAAUAAACAUAUAUGAUUAUAUGUAUAAGAUGCAUCUUUGGUUUGAGGCUGUGAAGAAAUAUAUAUGUGUAGUUCUUCCUGAUUUUGUUAAUUUUCACUGUGAAAAUGUAAGCGUGCUUUUAAAUUUUCUUUUGAUAAUCCAUAUAUAUAUGAUCAUAUAAUAUUUAUCAAUUCGGGUAAAUUAAUUGCCGAUUAUGGUCUCUGAAUUCAGAAAAUAAAGAUUGGUGGUGUCGUCUAUAAUAUAUGCAGAUGAAGGAAUACAUGAAACUCUCUUCUCUCUCUCUCUAGAUCUCUUCUUUGUUGCUUCAUUUUUUUAGCAAAUAACUUAGAUUUAAUUAGUUUUUGACUGAUAUAAAAUAAGUCUUAGCAGAACACCAUACAGCAAGUCUUGCCAGAACCACCUAACGACAUUUUAUUGUUUGCCAUCUUAGUAUUUAUAUAACCGUCAAUCAUGAAAUGAAUGGAGAAUUAUAAUGCAAAAUCAAGUUUGCAAGGUUCUUCUUCUGGACAGUGAAGAUAUAUAGCAUGUGGUUGUGCACUAGAGGAAUCACACCAUUUUUUUUUGGGCAAACCAUUCAUUAGAAUAAACUUGGAACAAAGUCAUUACCAUGGAGGAAUCAUACCAUAAGAUCAAAAUUACAUAUUAGAUAAAUUUUCAAAAUAUAAUGUUUUGUACUCUGUAGAAUUUGUAUUUUUUUUUAACACCACCUGUAGAAUUUGUAUAUAUGCAUAUAUAUCAAUCAAUUUUGUCGAUGAAAAAAACAUUCGUCUUGUUCAGUGUUUGUAUAUACAAAGUCAUCAUUAUCAGCAUUUGCAUACAGAUUUUCACAUUUAACUAAUCAACACUAAAAUUCCAUUCCGUACAGAUAUCGAAGUAGAUAUAAAUUUACUACUUCAGUAUUGUUUCUUUAAACUAAUAACUAUUUAAACUUUUGUAGUUAUGAAAUUACUAUAAUUGUACCUCUUUGUAAACAGUAAAUAGUACAAUAAAUAAUAACUAAAAAUUGGUUUAUAAAGCGAGUGGUCCAUAAAUCCCGAACAAUUCUCACUGGUUCUUCUUUUGAUUUUUAUAAGCCCUAGACUCCUGGACCAUCCAAAUAAAGAAAGCUAUAUAUAUACUCCAAAUUCACGCUUAAUUACCACCAUUUCAAUGGUUUUUGGUUAAUAUCAUUUAAACAGUUGAUCAAACAAAAAAUGUUACGUACAGCUUCUCAAAAGAUCAUAUAUACAUUUAAGACAAGCUGAUAUAUAGCUGAUAUAGAGUUUGAAUUAAAGUGUUAUUAAUAUUGGCAUAUGUAUCUUGUUUUUAAUGUAAAUUUUAUUCAAUCAAAUGCUUAUAUAUGUAAAGUUGUUGGAAAAAAAUAAAGAAUCAGACAUCAAGCAUGUUGGAACUGUUCUUUCGUGUCUUUCUUCGUUCUUGUUCUAAACCAAGUGCUCAAAUCUUCCGCCAAAGUGUCGUCCUCCAUUUGUUGAAUUGACAUGAGCCUGUUUCGAAGUAUCUAAUCCAAUUGCUGAAUUGCAAACCAAAUACUGGCUUAUAGUUAAUUAACGGACAAACCUUACGAAAUUUCCGAUAUCACGUAAAUGGGUUACUAGUAUGAAGCCCAUUUUGAUAGUAUUUGUAGCACAUGGAAAAUUUGAAACGUCGUUUGCUGGAAUUCAUAUCUCAUAAAAUCGAAAUAAACUUAAUUAGGAGUAGUACGCUCCACUUCGAUUUAUAUCAUUUCAACUUUCAAGUUACUGAUCAGAGAACGCGGUGGAGAGACCUCCACGAGUGGUGGGAGGAUGGAUGGAGACUUAUUGCAUAAACAUAUUCGUGGUGGUUUGGGUUUGAUUUGGGUUCGGAGGAUGGGCAAGUAUGGUCAAUUUUGUUCGCCGGAUCAACACGUUUGGUCUAUUCACCAAAUGCUACCAGUGCCCAUGCACCUCACAAGCCUUGAUAUUUACGUAUUGGACAUUCAAAAUUUUCCAGUUUUGUAAAUGAAUAUCUCUAUAAAUUAAUAAAAAUUUAAAGUUUUAAUAUUAUUAAUUUAUAUAAGUUCUACCGUAAGUAGAAAUGUUGAACCGGUAGAUAUAAAAAGUGUUUUGGUAUAUAAGAUAUAAAAUAUGUUGACUAUCACAGUCAAAAAAAUUUUAGCUAUGGAGUAAAUUAUUAAUUGUUUGAAUGUUAUACAAUGCAAUUUCUCAAGAUAAUAAAGACCAAAAAUCAAAUUUAAUAAAUUGAACUUCACCAUGGGCUUAAAUUAAGGAUCAGUCACAAGUAGGUGUUUGUUUCUCUGCGUUACGUUGGAUCCUUCACAACUGAGGGGCGGGCGUCACCAGCGAAUAUCGAGGCAAUAGCCGUGUUAGUUUUUUAGCCGCAAGAAGCAGCGGUAGCAAUCAAAAAUUAAACAUGUUAUCACGGCAACACACAACACCUAUGACCGCAGUGGCAAUUAACAAUAAGUAGAAGGGACGCUGAAAUUUCUAGCCUUCCGCGUCUCGUUUUUUGUGUCUCCGGAAAUCCUUUGGCAGUUACUUUAGCUUCAGAUUAUAUUAGGGGUUAAGAAACAAACACGGCUAAUGUCAAGAGCUUUUCGUUGCCGUCGGCAUGGGAAGGAUACAAAUGGACGUGAUCUGGUUAAAAGACCUAAAAUUCCCUUCGCAUUGGCCUUAAUCAUCGCUGAUGCAAUCCUCGUCACACUUAUCAUCGCCUAUGUUCCAUGUGAGAUCUAAUUUCCCACAUUUUUAUUUAAUUUAAUAGUGUGCAUUGGACAUGCAUGGUUUUAACCGUGGUACUCUUAACAGACACGAAGAUCGUUUGGGAUGCUUACAUGUCACAGGUUAGUGGGUUUCUUGGGGGAGAGAGAGAGUAUGGGAGCUUGAAAGGCGACACAGGGCCCUUGGUUUAUCCUGCCGGUUUCCUCUACGUUUACUCUGCCAUCCAGAAUUUGACUGGAGGCCAAGUCUUCCCAGCUCAGGUUCUUUGGAAUUGACUCUCUUUCUUGUGGUUUAGCUGUGGACCUAUCGUUUUACUGUGUUUGUCCAAGAGAAUACAUUCAAUCUUUGUUCUCCGUCUCUUUAAUGCCUGUUUUGCCAUGACGCUCCUUCAUGCCUCCAUCGCUCUCGUAAUUGACAUCUCGGCAUGCUUGUUUUCAGGCAAGACUCCUCCUCCUUUUCCCCUUCUACUAUAUCUCUUUCUUCCUAUCCUUGUGACUGGCUGACUGCUUUCAUACCUUUUUUAUGCAGCGGAGCUGUCUCUAUAAAGAUGAAUGUACUCUUGUCUGCUUCGCCUUUGUUGCUUCUCCUACUAAAGGUCCGAGGAAGUGAUUUAGUUGCUUUAUUAUUCUCCUACCAUUGAUUCUUCAUAUGUCAUACGAGUUUUGCUAUUCACAGGCCAUGAAUAUAAUGGGUGCGGUAUCUGCUUUAGUUACUGCAGCUCUUGUUCAGGUUUCACUUUAUUAUCUCUUACAAAUCCCCAUUAUUCUCCAAUUGUUAACUGCUUCUCCAAUCUAUAUAGGUGAGUUGCAGUAUCCAACAGAAUUAUGAUGAUUUUUGAUUAUGCAAACAAGUACCAUUCAACUGGUCAGUAAAUGGUUAUACAGAUACUUGUGGGAUAUAUUUGCCCUUUCUGACAACAUAUCAGGUUACAUACUUUCUCAAAUAUAUCUGUGAAUGGAUGACAUGAAGCGCAUCUGGUGUAGUGGUAUCAUAGUACCCUCCCACGGUACUGACCAGGGUUCGAUUCCCUGGAUGCGCAUUUUUAGUUUAUGUAUUCUUUCGAGUCAAUAAUGGUAGUUGGUUGGGUGUUUAGCCGGUUUUGGUUUUGGUUACGAUGAGAAUCAAAAUCAAGCAGCAAUUGCACACCA